AUGGAGGUUGGGGAUCUCAAUGCCUGUCCUUCAGGGAGAGGGAGCAAGGCCUUGGUCUGUAAGAAGGGCUAUCUGAUCCACGAUGACGACAGAUCAGCUUUCCCCGUCUCAUGGACUAUCCAUCUGAAUGAGACCUGUCAGCCAGGGGAAGGAUGUCAGGAGACCCUUAUCCUUCUGGAGUCAGGCCAGCAGCUGGUGGACCUCUGCCUCCAAAGACCAGGUACCCAGGACCAGCCUGUCCCUGCCUCCUUCUAUCAGAAAUUCCUUCCCCCCGCAGGGAACAGAGUGGGUGCAGUUAUCAGUCAUGGGUGCACUGGAGGCCAAGCCCAUGAAGCCAAGGACAUCCAGCACAGAGCAGGCCCAGGGGUGACCAUUGCAUCCCUCACCAAAGUUUGCCACUCAGACCUCUGCAAUGAUCUUGAAACCAGUGUCCCCUUGUGGACUCCGGAACCCACAGAUGCCCCAGCACAAGGGGGCUUGCGGUGCCCAGUCUGUGUGUCUCCUUAUUCCUGCCCUUCUGAUGCUCCCCUGGUCACCUGUCCCUCAGGCACAACUCACUGCUACAGUGGAACCAUCCAGCUCUCUGGGGGGGGUCUCUCCCAUCCUCUAAGGGUUCAGGGCUGUGUUCCCCACAAUGGUUGCCAGCUGCUCAACGGGACAACAGCGAUUGGGACCAUUUCUCUGACAGAAAGCUGUGAGAGUGAAGGGAGCCAGGACACCAGGACCCUGGUCUGCUUCAAGGGACACCUAGUUGCAAUAAAGGACAAAUCAGAUUUCCCCCUCUCAUUUACGGCCUCCUACAGAGAGACCUGUGAGCCAGGGGAAGCCUGUCAGGACACUCUGAUUCUCCUGGAAUCUGGAGACAGAGUGGCUAUAGCCUUCAGUAAAGGCUGCCAGAGAGGCCGCACACGGGAGCCACUCAACACUUGGCACAGAAGGCCCCCAGGGGUGACCAUCUCCUCCUACACCCACGUCUGCCACUCAGACCUCUGCAACAACCUCAGCUCCACCUUUCCUUUGUGGCGCUCCCGACCACCCACAGCUGCCCCUUCCUCCAGUGGUCUCCAGUGUCCAACAUGUGUGGCCUUGGGAUCCUCCUGUUCAAGCACUGCUCUUUCCCUGUGCCCAGAGGGCACCUCCCAGUGUUACCAGGGACUGUUACAGCUCAGUGGAGGAGGGAUUACAAGGAACUUCAGUAUACAGGGCUGUGCCCCCGAAGCCGUCACAGGCUGCCGUCUACUUGGAAACACCCAGGCUUUUGGGCCCAUUGCUGUGACUGAGGAAUCAUUCAGGAGGAGAUUGGUGGGAGCAGCAGCUGUGGGAGGUGGGAGGUGGAGAUGGCCAGAGCCAGAGCCAGGGCUCAAGUGGAGUAGCCCCACCAUGCACUAUGCCAGAGGAGUGGACACCCUGAAAGUGUAUUGCAUUCAGAGCCCAUGCAGGGACACUGGCCCCCAGAACUUGAAACAGGAGCUGGAGCAGUGUUCAGAAGCAGCAGAAGCAGAGGAAGUGGAAUGGAGCAGUCCCUUCCCCUGUGAGGUGGAAUAUGGAACAGGAGCAGGAGUGCAGAGCUGCCUCCAUGUGGACCUAGGCAGGAGCCAGGAGCGCUCCAGGGGUGACAUCAUCUCCUACACCAAAGUCUGCUCCUUCAACCAGUGUAAUGACAUUAACAGCACAGCUUCCAUCCUGAGUCCAGCUCCUUCAGGGAGCAAGGCCCUGGUCUGUAAGAAGGGCUACCUGAUCCAUGAUGAUAACAGAUCAGCUUUCCCCGUCUCAUGGACUAUCCAUCUGAAUGAGACCUGUCAGCCAGGGGAAGGAUGUCAGGAGACCCUUAUCCUUCUGGAGUCAGGGAACAGAGUGGGUGCAGUUAUCAGUCAUGGGUGCACUGGAGGCCAAACCCAUGAAGCCAAAGACAUCCAGCACAGAGCAGGCCCAGGGGUGACCAUUGCAUCCCUCCUCACCAAAGUUUGCCACUCAGACCUCUGCAAUGAUCUUGAAACCAGUGUCCCCUUGUGGACUCCGGAACCCACAGAUGCCCCAGCACAAGGGGGCUUGCAGUGCCCAGUCUGUGUGUCUCCUUAUUCCUGCCCUUCUGAUGCUCCCCUGGUCACCUGCCCCUCAGGCACAACUCACUGCUACAGUGGAACCAUCCAGCUCUCUGGGGGAGGUCUUUCACAUCCUCUAAGGGUUCAGGGCUGUGUUCCCCACAAUGGUUGCCAGCUGCUCAAUGGGACAACGGCAAUUGGGCCCAUUUCUCUGACAGAAAGUUGUGAGAGUGAAGGGAGCCAGGACACCAGGGCCCUGGUCUGCUUCAAGGGAAUACCUAGUUGCAAUAAGGGACAAAUCAGAUUUCCCCCUCUCAUUUACGGCCUCCUACAGAGAGACCUGCAUCCCAGGCUCCCAGCUCUCACCCCAGGAGACAGAGUGGCCAUAGUCCUCAGUAAAGGCUGCCAGAGAGGCCGCACACGGGAGCCACUCAACACUUGGCACAGAAGGCCCCCAGGGGUGACCAUCUCCUCCUACACCCACGUCUGCCACUCAGACCUCUGCAACAACCUCAGCUCCACCAUUCCCUUGUGGCGCUCCCAACCACCCACAGCUGCCCCUUCCCCUAGUGGUCUCCAGUGUCCGAUGUGUGUGGCCUUGGGAUCCUCCUGCUCAAGCACUGCUCUUUCCCUGUGCCCAGAGGGCACCUCCCGGGACUGUUGCAGCUCAGUGGAGGAGGGAUUACAACUAACUUGGGCAUCCAGGGCUGUGCCCCCAAAGCCGUCACAGGCUGCUGUCUACUUGGAAACACCCAGACUUUUGGGCCCAUUGCUGUGACUGAGAUCUGUCAAGGAUAAGGGCAAUCUGAGGACCAGGGCAACACCAAUGGAGUUUCUGCCACCAUAGUGCAAGCCUGGGGAAUGAGAGCUGGAUGGCUCCUAGCCCUGUGGAGGUGCCUCCCCCCACUCUCAGGGCCUCUGGCCUUUCUGUGACCCAUUAGCGUCUUGAGAGUCCCCUGACCCAUUUUGCUAUGAGAAUGACCUUACACAUAGAUGGCUCCUCACUCCCAAGCCCCACCCCAUACCCUUGUGCCUUGAUUGUGGAAGACAGUUGGCAGGAAGCACGUGGAAGUUGUUAACAAUUACUAAGUUCUUUCUUUGAAAGACAAAGAAAAUUAGGCUGCACAUGAGUGUUUAUUUCUCUUAAAGCUAAUGGAACAUGCAUAUAGAGAUAUG